AUGGCUAUGCAGGGGACCUCUCUUCUUGUUCCAUCUGUUCAAGAGUUAGUAAAAAAACCAAUAACCAAUGUUCCAGAACAAUACCUUCAACCAAAUCAAGACUCAAUUAUUGUAUCUAAAACAAAUUCUUCAUCACGAGUUCCUGUUAUCGACCUAACUAAAUUAUUAUCCGAUGAUACAACUGAGCUACAAAACCUCGACCGCGCUUGCAGAGAAUGGGGUUUCUUCCAGCUGAUUAAUCAUGGAGUGAACCCUUCCAUUGUUGAAAAUAUGAAGAUAGGUGUUGGAGAAUUCUUCAACCUUCCAAUGGAAGAGAAAAAGAAAUUUUGGCAAACACCAAAUGAUAUGCAAGGGUUUGGUCAGUUGUUUGUUGUGUCUGAUGAACAAAAGCUUGAAUGGGCAGACAUGUUUUACAUUAACACUUUCCCAUUGGACUCAAGGCAUCCGCGUCUAAUUCCUUCUAUUCCGAAACCGUUCAGAGAUCAUCUAGAGACUUAUUGUUUAGAACUGAAAAAAACAGUUGUGAAAAUAAUUGCUAGUAUGGAGAAAGCUCUGAAAAUCGAAACAAACGAAUUAGUAGAGUUAUUUGAAGAUGCAGGUCAAGGAAUGAGAAUGAAUUACUAUCCUCCAUGUCCUCAACCGGAAAAUGUCAUUGGAUUGAAUCCGCAUUCGGAUUCAGGCGCCCUUACCAUCCUUCUCCAAGUCAAUGAAGUGGAAGGCCUUCAAAUAAGAAAAGAUGGAAUGUGGAUUCCUAUCAAACCUCUCCCUAAUGCUUUCGUCGUCAACGUUGGAGACAUGUUGGAGAUAUUGACCAAUGGAAUUUACAGAAGCAUUGAGCAUAGAGCAACUAUCAAUGCUAAGGAUGAAAGGAUAUCUAUUGCAACAUUUAAUAGGCCUCAGAUGAGCAAAGUUAUAGGACCAACACCAAGUCUUAUAACUGCGGAAAGACCUGCCAUGUUCAAUAGAAUUGGAGUAGUUGAUUACCUUAAUGGAUUCAUGUCACGUAAGUUACAAGGGAAAUCGUACUUAGAUGUUGUAAGGAUUCAAAGAGAGAUUGAUAAGUAG